AUGACUUCCGUGGAGCUGAACUGCAGCUUCCCGCCCAGCGAGCUGGCGUGGGACGCGCCCUACAACCUGACGGCGGAGGCGGAGGCGAGCCUCAUGAACUGCUCGUUCCACGAGCGCCUGGGCGGCCUCACGUGCUCGGAGGCGGACGCGCUGUGCCGCUGCGCCAGGGACCUGUACCUGCUGUACUGCUUCCAGGCGCCCGAGUACUACUCGCUGCUGUACCGCGUGGUGGGCACGCUGUUCCAGGGCGUGAUCCUGGUGAUCGGCGUGGUGGGCAACGCCAUGGUGGUGGUGGUGGUGGCCCGCAACCGCAACAUGGCCACGCCCACCAACUGCUACCUGGUGAGCCUGGCCGUGGCCGACUGCGCCGUGCUGGUGGCCGCCGUGCCGCAGGAGAUCGUCAGCUACUUCCUGAUCGGCAACCACUGGAUCUGGGGGCGCGGCGGCUGCGCCAUCAUGAUCUUCCUGCAGAACCUGGGCAUCAACGCCAGCUCGCUCAGCCUGACGGCGUUCACGGUGGAGCGCUACAUCGCCAUCUGCCACCCGAUGAAGGCGCAGACGGUGUGCACGGUGGAGCGCGCCAAGAAGAUCACGCUGCUCGUCUGGCUCUUCGCCGUGUGCUACUGCGCGCCCUGGCUCUUCCUGACGCAGGUGGUGCCCCUGCGCUACGCCGUCGACUACCCGACGCAGGAGUGCACCUUCAAGCUGUCGCGCGACCAGUACCUCUACUACUACUUCACGGACAUCGUGGUGUUCUACGUGGUGCCGCUGCUGCUGUCCUGCGUCCUGUACUCGCUCAUCGCCCGCAUCCUGAUCGCGUCGCAGCUGCCGAAGGGCCCCUCCGGCGACCGCGUCAGGGGCGCGGCCAUCUCGCCCAGGGUGCAGGUGGUGAAGAUGCUGGUGGUGGUGGUGGCCAUCUUCGCGACCCUGUGGCUCCCGUACCGCACGCUGCUCGUCUACAACUCGCUGCUCGCCAUGUUCGGCCAGCAGCCCUUCAAGGACCUGUGGUACCUGCUCUUCGCCAAGACCUGCAUCUUCAUCAACAGCGCCAUCAACCCGAUCCUGUACAACGCCCUCUCCGUGAAGUUUCGCCGUUCAUUCAAGAAAAUGCUCUCGUGUGGUGUAGGCUCUUCCCUGGAUAAAGAAGUCUCCUGUCAACCCCGACACCCGACCAGCAAGAACGGUUGUCUGGCUACGUGCCGCGUGUGUGGUGCUGUGUCUGUGGCAAAUCGACUGUGUGUGUCUUGUCAGUCAAGUGCUCAGAACCAGAGUCCAAACAUCUGUCAUAGCACAUGUCUUGGCAACAACCAGGUGUUUGAUUGCUCUGACACCCAAAACCUACGUUCUCUCCUUGGCAUCGAAACAGAAGUCCUAUACGCUGAGGACCAACCCAUCGCUGAGGGCAACAGGGAUACAAAUACUAACGAGGAGGAGGAAGAACUUCUCCAGCUUGAAUCUCGAGUCUUGCAGCUCAGAGCAGAGUUGGCCAAAAAGAACUUCUAA